AUGGCGGAUCUUGACGAUGCACUUGUCUCUUACUUGAGCGACAAAUACAACGGAGAAGGAAAUGGAGACAACGACGCAAUUAUGAAUGAAAUUGACGAUCUUCCUGACAGCGCGUCUAUGGCCGGUUCUGACCGAAGUUCUUCCUCUGACUCUGAUUCUGGCUCAUCUUCUGAUGCUGAUACUGUGCUUGAUGAUAAACGAGCUACUGAUGAAAAAGACAGGCUUCGCAGAAAGAAAAGACGAGAAGAAAAGCGCGAACGAAAGCGCGCGAAGGAGGAAAAGAAACGAGCAAAGAAAGCGAAAAAGGAGCGCAAACGAAAACGAGAAAAAGAACGAGAGUCAAAGGACAAGAAGCGAAGGCGGGACAGAGACUCCCGAGAUCGCUCCGAAUCCCGAAGCCGAGAUUCCCGAAGCUCGAGUCGCAGAAGAGACGAUCGCUCGAGCUCUCGUUCGCGACGCUCGCCAUCGACCGACUCGGUCCGAUCAUUCCGGUCCGUCCACGCUGAUUUUCGAUAUGGAGACAAGGAGCGCUCCCGAUCAUAUUCAAGAGCUCGCUCGCGUUCUCCAGGUUCUCGAUCGACUCGUUCCGAACGUCCUUAUCGACGAGAUUCGAGUUCUUCUGAUCGUGAUCGUCGACGAUCUCGCUCGCGCUCUCCUGACCGAAAGAGCCGCAAAGGCAUCAAGGAAUACGGCAGCGCUGGAAUGAAGACCAUCCCGCCGCCACAAGAUCUCUAUUCUAAUCGAGAGCACCCCGAAGAAAAGAAACACUCGGACGAUGACGAAGAUGAUAAAUAUGCCGGAACCGGGUUGACAAAAGAGGACAAAAUGAAACUCCUCGAGAUCGCCAAGAAAAACGCACUCAAUGUUCACGGUGGUUUGAACAAAAACGAGUCUAUUGCCAUGAGAGCUGGUGGUUUGACGAUCGAGCAGUUGACUGCAAAAGCGGCGCGAAUUCAGUCCGGAAAGGACGAUCCAAUUAGUGAGGAUAUUCCAGAUGAUAUGUUGAACCAUCCACCAAUCUUCCUCAAGCCCAAGCAAACCGAUCCCCUUGCCCUCCCAGCUGAUGCUUCCAUGGCGCAAUUAACAAAAUCCUUCCCCGUCUCUGCCGGUAUCCAGCAUCGAGAAGUCAUCACCGACUACAACGAAGACGACGGUGUUGGUGAGUGGACAGAAGGCGACGUGGGCGGUGAUGAAAACGAAGAAAUGGCCGUGGACGAACAAAACGGAGAGAAAAAACUGAACAUGGGCGAUAUUCAAAGUGCCAUCGCCGAUCGGGUUAAUGCGAUGCGCAAGCUUCAAGAAAAUCCCGAAGACACAGAGGCUCAGAAUCAAAUGGCAGCAGCGCAGGAGCUUCUUUCUAAGUGGAAAGGAAGCGACCUUCCGGAAGAGAACAAAAUCAUGCCGAUGUCAUGGGCUGAGCUCAACACUGGAAAUCCAGCCUGGGCAAAGCAGGAGCAAUUCCACGUAGCAAGAAAAGUCACUGGACUUGGUCGAAAGCUGCUGGAAAAGAUGGGCUGGCAGGAAGGCAUGGGCUUGGGCAAAAAUGCCCAAGGAAACGCUGAACCACUGGUCUUAGACUUUAAGAUCAACAGAGAAGGUCUUUCUGCAGCUGAAGACAACAAAGAGUCACAAUCGUUCAUGGGCAGAAAGGGUUUUGCUGGUGGAAUUGUAAAAGAUCUGUCUGGUAAGCACCCUGUAUCCGCUCUUAUGGAAGUUUGCUCGAAACGACGAUGGGGUCAGCCAGAAUUCACUCUUGUUACGGAUACCAGCGCAGGGAAUAAUCGCUCCUUUUUAUACAAAGUCCGCGUGUACGAUACAGAGUACCAGCCAGCAACACCUUCGCUCAACAAAAAGACCGGCAAAGCUGCGGCAGCCACGGUCGCACUCCAAGCUCUCGGUCUUGUCCCACGCGCCGCUUCAUAA